AUGCUUUCUUUUUUCAAGCGGCGGUCGUUAGAUUUCAAAAGGGAGUCUGGGACUUAUCAUGAGCUGAACGGCGACCGGAAAAUCUCGAUUUCGGAAGAGAUGCAAGCGCCCACGGCUCAGCCUUUGCAGAUCAAUCACCACAAUUUUGAUAUCCUACAAUUGCCCCACAGUCUUCCAGGCGAGACUUGGGUCAAUGAUUCUUUUUCGAAGAUUCCAAGGCAAGCACCGGUUUUCCAAAAACCUGCGAGGAAACUCCAAUUCUCGAGAGCACCUAACCCGAAAAAAUGCGAAUCUGUUAUCCGUCACCUCAAGACAAUCUUGGCCGAUUCCAAUUCUAAACAUGAUCUGAUCAAAGGCACCGACCCUCUUGCAGCCAAAAAGGCGCGGUCAGCCGCACUCUCCAAGACCGAUUCCAAGAAAAUCUUGUCGCAUCUGAACGACCCCAAAUAUGCGAACACCAUCAUCUCCAUGCUCAAGCAAGAACCACAUCCGCCCUAUGUGUCGCAGCAAGGAGAAAAUGCUGACCGCCUACCCCGUGGAGUCUGUCUUCGUAACAGCGAAUCCGAACUUGACGCUCAAUCAGCGGCAGGAAGUGACAUGGAGGACGUGAUUGAUGUGACGAAGGCCUUAAACAUGCGCGCGCCUGGAUCAUCAGAGAUCAUAUAUUUAAUCACUGGCUUAUCCGCAGGAACUCUGUUGAGUACUAUCGGACAGUCUACUGGAUUCUACGACGUUUUAGCAAUGGGAAGCAAAAACCUGAUAGACAGAAGUGAAGGCCAUCACGAAUUGAUCGGAAUGGUGCCCAAGGACCGGGUCAGCGUCUGGUGUUACUGGUGGGGAUUCGAGUUGGCGCUCCCGUUGGAAAGCAUUGCACGUCUCAAGACCGCCAAAUCGAUCGAGAGUGCGGCCGUGCAAAUGUUGCUUGCUCUAACCGUUGCCGGCGGUGCUGUGGAGCUUCUGCCGUUCAUCAGGUUUCUUGGAGCUUACUUGGACAUGGAAUGGGCCGCCGUAAACGAACAGAACAAAGGGAAGGGAGUCGUGAUUGCGGCCACUUGGGCUCUUCCCAUGGCACUGGUCCCGCGGCCGUGGGACUUUGAUUCACCCUCAGAGAUUGCACCGCUCGUCAAGGCCAACGUUCCUCAAGGGGUCGAAGUUUUGGCUGUCUCAUCUCAAUGCAGCGCAUGA